AAGUUGUUCAGAAGAGCCCAUCUCCUCUUCUUCCUGUUGGAUCAUAACAACGAGACAUCUCAAACCCCUUCCCAUCACUCUUUCUAUUUUUUUUUUCUUCUCAUUAUAUAUAAAUCUUUUCCCCUGAUUAAUCUAUUUCUCCUGAUUAAAUACAAAAUAAUUCUCCAUAAAGACAAAACAAAACCGUAAUUGGGUUCGUCGUUAAUCCUCUGCCACGCGCCGAGCUCACAAUAUAAUGGAAAUCUUAUGAUCUACGAGAGAUGUAAUCAAAAUCCUACUUGGCCACAUAAAGUUUCUAUUUUUAACACUUUUUUUUUUUUUGCUUCCUUAAUUUUGGAGACGCAGACAGGAGGAGGAAGAUCAAUGCUAAUCACUAGUUUGUGCAAUAUCAUCGGAUUGUGGAACCAUCUUCUCACAUCCCUCUGGAUCCAGACUCGCUCCUCGAGAUCAACGGUGUUCGAUGCUCUCAAGGAGUUUCCUCUCAGCUGAGGAGAGACCGUGUUGAUAAGAGAUCUGAAGCCGUUACUUACAUCAGCACAGACAGCAUCAGGCUAUCCGGUAGCGUGAGGUUUGAGGUGUAUGACAGAGAAGAGCUGGUUUUGUCUGGGACGUUGGAGUUGUCUGGUAGUAAUAAUGGCUUCACAGGGGAGUCUGUUAAGCAUAGCGUGAAGCGGUGGGGGAUGAGCUGUGAAGCUGAGAUCACUGCAGGGUGUGGUUUCUUGAAGGAGAAGAAACACAUUGGUUGUUCUGAGAUGUCAUCAUCUCCGUUGUUGCCGACUGUUGAAGUUUAUGUCACUGGUUGCUUCUCUGGAACACCUAUCAUCUUGACCAAGACGCUUCAGCUUGGUUUUAGGAAGAAGCAGGUCAAUAGAGUGGCUGCGUUAGAUUCGAUUCCUGAGUAUGAGACCGGCGAGACUCAUAAAGGCAACUCGUCUGAGCUUGAUUUUCAGGUAACAGAAUACGGAAGGUAUAAACAAGACUAUGAAGGAGAAUACGGAGACAUGUAUAUGGGAAGAGAGUACGCAGAUGUUGAAGAUGGCGAAAUGUCUUGGUUCAACGCUGGUGUGAGGGUUGGUGUUGGAAUUGGUCUUGGCGUCUGUGUAGGUCUCGGCAUUGGUGUUGGCCUUCUGGUGCGAACCUAUCAAUCAACCACCAGAAACUUCAGAAGAAGAGUCAUCUAGUAGUUUCACUUAAACUUGCCUCAAGCUUCUUGUCCUUCUCUGUCUCUCUCUAACUCCACUCCAACGCAAAUCUCUAAACUUAAUAGAGUUUAAUAGCUAAUACAUUUGUGUAGUAUGAUAAUCUUUCUUCAUGUGUGUGUGUUUUUUUUUCUCUUUGUGCCUUCAAAUUUUGAAAGAAACCAUUCUCUUCUUCUUUGGUUUGUUGAGAUUGAUGAUACUGAAAGAAACAAAGCUUGUCUGCUUCCUGUAAAUAAAUGCAUUUUUGAGUGUAAAGUGUUUUUGGAUUCA